CUUUUGAUGAUAAGUGAAAUCAACAAACAACAAACGUUGCAAUACGGUCUACGGAAUUCGGACUACAUUUUUUGUUAUAAUUGUUAAUACCUACUUGAUCGCUAAUAGUUAAUGCCAAAUACGUUAAAAUAAUCUAUAGUAUUUGUUAAUAUACUAUACGUCUAUACACAUUACACGUAAACCAUGGGUUUCAGUGAUCGGAAUAUCGGAGUUCAAACGUAGUCGAUACAGAGUAUAUAGAAGAAAUUAUGCUAUGUCUAUUAGUGACUAUUAGACAUUAGUGUCUAUCAUAUAUUACAGCUUCAUCUAUUUAGUGAUACGGCUGUCUGCAAGUCUACGAGGUUUGCAGGACAAAUUUUAUAAAAAACAAUAUUUUGAACCAAGCACGAAAACAGAAAAGGUGAUCCAUUCUCUACAGUCUCCUCAUUAGGGUUGUUAAUUCAAACGCCUUGAACAUCUGAAAAAAUCCAAAAUCAUCGUUUAACCUUUGAUGUGAUACGGUUUAUUCAGGCAUUUGUAUUUAUGAGGACGUUUCAUUUUCCAACCAUGUCCAUAUCAUUGUGGUCAAUAUUGAAUAGAUUUAACACCGAUAAAGCUGCAUCGUACAGCCGCCUGUCUACCGGCACUGGACACUUCCGUAUCACUGUUUGGGAUCCUGCGUUGAUUGUUGCUCAAAUAGCGUCUGUUCAAUGUCUUUACUACUUCACCAUGUGUGUUUGGAUCACUAUUAUCAGCUAUGUGGUUGGUACUUCAAGAUCGUUGGACAUCAUAUUUGAAUUCAAAGAGUUAAGCAAGGUCAACAGUGAAAAAUUUGUUAUUGCCGUGUUUGCAUUGAAUGCACUUAGUGGGGCUACAUUCAUUUGGCGCAUUGUUGAACGAUAUCGAUUGUGUUUAGAUUUUUCUUGUACCAUACACACCAUACACUUGGCAGCUUGUAUUUGGUAUAACAGAACAUUUCCUACUACAUUUUGGUGGUUAUUAAAUGCUUCUUGUGCAGCAAUCACAUGUAUAUGCGCCGAAUUUCUGUGUAUGCGGACAGAGUUAAACACUAUACCUGUAAAUAGUGGACAAACGCCAAAAGUUGAUUUGUAAAAUAUGUAUACUGUAUAAAUAUUGAUUUUUAAAGUGAUAACAUGUAUUUAUUGCAGUCAGUUGUAGUUUGUUUUAUUUUUAUCCAUAAAUAUUAACAAAACGUAGUUAAAAAUAUAAAACAUUUAUAAUAUAAAUUAUAUUAUAUAUCUUUGAUAUUGGCUGUGAAAAUACAAUAUAAUAUUAUAUUAUUAAUUAAAUAAACUUAAUUUAAACAAUCAUUUUGUAUAAAAAGUAGUUUAACGGUGCAAUUCUGGGACAUUACACCCAAUAUAGUUGUCAUUUUUGAUUGCUUGUGAAAGUACAAAAUUCCAAUGUUUAUUCUUA